GUGCAAUGAAUUUAUAGGAAUUUUCUGCUAUUUUGCGUCUGACAGUUGACGAGAAAAUGCCCGUUGAUAUUAAUCGAUUGACGGAAGGUUGGCUAGAACUAGAAAGUGACCCAGGUCUGUUCACGUUGCUCUUGGAAGACUUUGGUGUGAAGGGUGUCCAAGUGGAGGAGAUCUAUGAUCUGCAAAAGUCUCUAGAAGGCCCGGUCUAUGGCUUCAUCUUCUUAUUUCGGUGGAUUGAAGAACGACGAUCUAGGCGGAAGGUCGUGGAACAAGAUGAGAGCUUUGUCAAGGACGAGGAGAUUGUUAACAAUAUCUUCUUCGCCCAGCAGGUUGUCCCCAACAGUUGCGCCACUCACGCACUGCUCUCAGUGCUAUUAAAUUGUCCGAAUAUCCACUUAGGCACGACUCUGUCACGAUUGAAGAUGCAUACCUCUGGCAUGUGUCCAGAGAACAAGGGUUGGGCGAUCGGCAAUACGCCAGAAUUAGCUUGCGCGCACAACUCGCAUGCAAUGCCUCAGGCAAAGAGACGACAAGACAAGAACACUGGUGUUUCCACAGGUAGAUUUACCGGCGAGGCUUUCCAUUUUGUUAGCUACGUACCGAUAAAUGGUAGGCUGUUUGAGCUGGAUGGCUUAAAACCCUAUCCCAUGGAUCAUGGACCAUGGAAGGAACAUGAAGAAUGGACGGAACAAUUUAGACGUGUCAUAACUGAUCGUUUAGGCAUGGCAACUGGCGAACAGUUGCAAGAUAUCAGAUUCAAUUUGAUGGCCGUGGUACCUGACAGACGUCUCGCUAUUUCGCAUAAAUUAACGAUGCUGAAGACCAACAGACAGAUAGUCUUGGAAGCUUUGCAACAGUUGAUGAAAUUAAGUCAUCAAGAUGGCAACGUCGAGAAGAAUUCGCAUAAAGAGAUUGAUCCCGAUAAAGAGAAGCAAUAUGAAAAAAAAAACAAGACCGAGGAAGAAAAUGGAUUGUCUAAGACGGAGAUCGAAGAAUCGCCCACGAUUCCCACUAUUAAUGUUGAAAGAAAUAACGAUUCAGCGGUGGUUUUGGAUGAAUCGGUUUCUGGCAUCGCAUCUGGAAAAACCGAAUCCACUGGAAUGGAGAAAGUGGUGAUGUGCGCUCUGGAUUAUGCCACGCCGUUACGAAUUCAAACUUCACCAGCUCACAGCUCGUCCAGUACAGAUACAUCAUCAGAAAUCGGAUCGGCCUUCAACUCGCCCACUCAAGCUUGGGGAUGGAAUUCUGGUCAGAGCAGCCCGACAUCGACGAAGGAUUUCAAAAAAUUUGUGGUAAUCAGAGUUGCUGGUGAUGAGAAGAAUGAGGCGGGUUUGAGUCGUUCUCUGGGAAAUAUCAAUAUAAACGGGAAAAGAUUGGUUUCCGACAGUGGUCAUUUGCAUAAAAAGGUCUGUCUAUCGGGUGAAGUCAGAAUUCCUCACGCAAGAGUGAAAACCAGCAACGGCGACACAGUCACGGAGGAGAAGAAAGUUGAGAAAAUCGAUCCUAAACUGUGCUCCAAGUAUCCAGAAUUGUUUGAACCGCACACGUUCGCACCCAAGGAUCUCUUGGCAUUGCUGAAAAAUUUGGAGCACGAGAUCAGCGUGUGCGAGACCAGCUUGAAGGACGAAAACGACAAAAGAAAUAAGUACAAGAUCGAUGAUUGCCGGAGAACGCACAAUUACGACGAAUUCAUUUGCACCUUCCUCUCGAUGCUUGCUCAGCAAGGGAAACUAGCGGAGUUGGUCCAGCAACAUUUAACGUUAAAGAAGCACUCUUCCGUUUCGGUGAAUAGAGUUCACAGAUCAUCGAAAAAAUCAGAUACCCGUCAGAACUCCUCACGCAGACGUCGUGGUAGAACAAAAUGUAAAAAGCGAAAGUAAUUUUUAACUAGCGUAGUUUUAAAGCUUAGGGCAUUCCGUCUGUUAAGCAUUAUUUGGAUUGUUAUAAUCCAUGGGCAUCCAUGAAAUCCUAUAGAAACCACUUGAUAGUUUUACAAAAUCAUGUAGAGGCCAUAUAUCUAUAACAGAGCGAUUCUAUCUAAAUUAUACGUGAAUACUUCAGAGAGUGAAUUUAGAGUCCGAAACAAGAAGCAAAAGU